CCCGCAAUCGCCUUUUCGCUGGCAUCUCGGCCUCCCCUCCUUUUUCUUUUAUUCCCUCUAGAUCAGGCUUUAAAAUGGCUUCUUCAGUGGAUACGCCAAUUCCCUUGUGGCUGGACUGUGAUCCGGGCCACGAUGACGCCUUCGCCAUCCUUCUUGCUGCACACCACCCCUCGCUGAAGCUUCUCGGUAUCACCACCAUCCACGGCAAUGCUUCACUGGAGAACACCACCAUCAAUGCCACUCGCGUCUUAGAGGCCAUCGGCCGGCCAGAGAUCCCCGUGUACCCCGGAAGCAAGAAGCCAUUCUGCAGACCCGCCCUCCAUGCGCCCAACAUUCACGGUGACUCUGGUCUGGACGGUACCGACCUUCUGCCCAAGGCUUCGACGGCCCCAAUCACAGACAAAAACCCCAUUCUGGCCAUGCGGGAUGCCCUCAUGGCGCACCCCAAGGGCACACCAUGGGUUGUUGCAACCGGCACCCUGACCAACGUUGCCCUCUUGUUCGCGACUUUCCCGGAGGUUGCGGAGCACAUUGCCGGUCUGACCAUCAUGGGUGGCGGUGUUGGUGAAGGAUUCACCGAUGCUCCCAUGAGCAGACUCAAGGGACAAGAGAACAGAAUUGGCAACGUAACGCCUCUUGCUGAGUUUAACAUCUACUGUGACCCCGAAGCUUCCCAAGCUAUCUUCAGCGACCCAGUCGUCGCAUCCAAGACCACCCUGAUCACUCUCGACCUCACCCACCAAGUCCUUGCCGACCAGAGCGUCCGGAACCUCGUCCGCCACGGCGUGGACGAUGCCUCCGUCCAGCCCACCACCCUGCGUCAGAUGCUGUACGAGCUCUUGAUCUUCUUCGCUAACACUUACGAAACCGUCUUCGGUCUUUCCACUGGUCCUCCCCUGCACGAUCCCCUUGCUGUGGCGGUCAUUCUGUCGACCCUGAACCCUGGCUACGCGAAGAACCACCCCGACCAGGUCCUGAAGUUCGACGACCGCGGCGGAGAGCGCUUCUCCGUCAAUGUCAUCACGGACGGACUUCAUGGCACUGAUAUUGCGCUGGUGGGCUCGCUGGGUCGGUCUGUGGUUGAGGCGAACCCCAAUGCGGUUUGCAUUCCUCGUGGUGUGGAUCUGGAUGCGUUCUGGAAUAUGAUCAACGACUGCAUUAAGCGGGCGGAUGAGUGCAAUGCGGCAAGGAAGGCCUAAUGAUGAUUUUGCGGCAUGUGUUAUGCGGGACUUUUCUUCUAAUGGCGAUACUGAUUUUAGAACAUUGAGAAAUUUAUCUCGAUGAAGAGUACAUAGAUUUAUUAGAUAGAGGAAGCACUGCAUAGCCCGUUUCAUCAUGUUGUUGUAUAUGUCAAUACCGUCCAUUCACGCUAUGCUAGAUACGCUAAAGGAUUUUGAGCAAACUACCACUCCCGGAUCCCUCCAUCAGGUCCAAAGAAUUCCUUAGGCGGCCAAGGUUCAGAAUUGACCGCCAACUGCCUGACCAGCUCCUCGUUCACUUCAAUCCCCAAUCCCGGUGCCGUCAAAGCAUCCACGUAUCCAUCCUUAACGGUGAACACACUGGGAUCCUUGACAUAGCUAGUGAUAUCAUAUUCGCCCGCUUCCGUAUUAUAGUGCAUUCCCAGGCUCAUCUCUUGAAUGACAAAGUUAGGGGUCGCCAAGUCCACCUGCAUACAUGCCGCCAAAGCAAUGGACCCCAGGGGGCAAUGCGGGGCAAUCGCAACAUCGUACGUUUCCGCCAUGGACGCUAUGCGUCGUAGCUCGGAGAUGCCUCCGCAGUGAGCGAUAUCAGGUUGGAGAAUGUCGACGCUCGCGUCUUCCAGGAAGCGUUUAACGUCCCAGCGACUGUAGAGACGCUCGCCAAGGGCAAUAGGGCAAGAAAC